GCUCCGCCGCCGCCCGGCUCGCAGUGCCCGAGCCGCCGGCGGUUGCGAACCUGCCGCCGUGCGCGGCCCGCCGGGCGCCGCGGCCUGCGGGCGGGCGCUGGUUGGCGGCGGGGGGACACGUGAGGGGGGAGGGGGCAGCAGCAGUAGCGGCGGCGGCAGGAGUUUCCCCGACAGCUGGAGGUUGCGGCGGCGGCUCCUCCUCCCCGGGUCCCCGUUAGAGCCGAGAGACCCCCCUCGCGCUCCUCCUUAUUGACAAACACACAAAGGGCCGGGCCGGGGACGCGUCUGGAGCCGGCAUGGGAGACAAGAAGAGCCCGACCAGGCCGAAGCGGCAGCCGAAACCCUCCUCGGACGAGGGCUACUGGGACUGCAGCGUCUGCACCUUCCGCAACAGCGCCGAGGCCUUCAAGUGCAUGAUGUGCGACGUGAGGAAGGGCACCUCCACACGGAAACCUCGACCUGUCUCUCAGCUGGUUGCACAACAGGUUCCUCAGCAGUUCGUGCCCCCUACGCAAUCAAAGAAAGAGAAAAAAGACAAAGUAGAAAAGGAAAAAAGUGAAAAGGAAACAACAAGCAAAAAGAACAGCCAUAAGAAAACCAGGCCAAGAUUGAAAAAUGUGGAUCGAAGUAGUGCUCAGCAUUUGGAAGUUACCGUGGGAGAUCUUACAGUCAUAAUUACAGACUUUAAGGAGAAAACUAAGUCACCACCUGCUUCCAGUGCUGCUUCUGCAGAUCAACACAGUCAGAGUGGUUCUAGCUCUGACAACACAGAGAGGGGAAUGUCCAGGUCAUCCUCACCCAGAGGAGAAGCGUCGUCACUGAAUGGGGAAUCUCAUUAAAGUUUAUUUCCUCAGUUUCUUUAGUCUCUUCUCUUCAAAACAUGCAAACACAUAACUUCUGUCACCUGUUACCACAUUUUCAUGACAGAUUGUUCAUGCACAAUUGGUAUGUUGACUGGAACAUAAUUUAUGCAGUUUUAAAUAAAGGAAAACAAAGUGCAGUGGUAGAAACAAUAAUUUAAAUUCAACCUACAAAUGCUUACAAACCAUUUUCAGACCAACUUUUUAAUCUUCAUGUGUAAAGGUGCCAUGAAAAUGUGGUUCGAAUGUUCAUUAUGCAGUGUUAUUGGUAAGUCCAUUUUCACCUUUAGUUUAGUGAAUUCUAACACAACUCUUGGAGUCUUUACUAUUGGCAUGUACUGAAUUUAAAUUUUUAUAACAUAGUUCAAGCUGCCUAAAUAUGUAUUAUUUGAGAAUUGUGAAACAGUUAUAUGUAUGCAAGUCAAAGAUCAACUUAAUCAACUAUUGCUGCAACAGAAUUUUCAUAAUAAUUAUCUUAAAAACACCUGCUGGUACUUGGUGUGGUUAAAUAGGGAAAAUGUUAUUAAAUGAAACAUUUGUAUAAAUUUUUGCCAAUGUUUGACACAUUUUGCUAGAUUACUGUUACUGAGUUAUGUUGAUGGGUUUACCAAUAUUUUUUCACACUUUAAAACACUUAUUGUAAUGUUUACAAGCAAAAUAGAAAACAUUCUAAGCAUUGAUUUGUUAACCUUACAAUUCAGGUAAAGUAUGACAUUGUCACUGUACACUGUUAUUCUAUGUUGUGUAACAAAUAUUGAACCUCAGAUGAUGAUGAAUUUGACAAAACCCAACAUUUGGAAAUAUGAAAGUUUGGAAAAGCUUUAAAAUAGCAGAAGUGCAGUUCUCAUUUCUGCUUAGUGCUGUUUCCUUGGCCCAAAUUUAUCUAGUGUCACAUAGUCACUUAUUUCAUCACAUGAAUAUCAGGUGUUGCACAAGAAUAAGGAAAUAACAGUACUAUUAAUUUUUUGUUCCUGAAUCAAUUUCUUUGAUAUUGAUUUGGCCUAUUAGAAUAUAUUACGUCAUAAAUCAUAUUAAAAAACUCAGUACCCUACUUUAUGGCAUAAACUGCCAACAUUUAUGCACUUAGCAAUAUCAUGAUGCAGAGCAGAACUAUUUACAAUCCCAUCUGGUAUUAUGUAAAAUUACUAAUAAAAUAUUUUUGUGAAUACAGAUUUUGCAUUUUUGUUUACAACCAAUAAGUGUUUUGACACACACAUGCAAUCCAUAUAUAGAUUUUAAAUUAUAGAUUCAGGUUCAGUACAAAUGUCCAUUUAGCUCCUUUUAGUGAGGUAGUCUGCUUAUUCCUAUGAUUCUUUUCUUUUUCAUUCAAAGUAAAUAUAUUUUUAAGCCCAUGUAAAAGUUGGAUAGACCUUAUUGGUAGUGAAUCCAGCCCCAGAUUAUUACCAACGUAUGAUAUGUCUCCUAACAGCUAAAGCAAUGGAUUUUUGUAGCCCCUGACAAUUGUGAUGUUUGGUGGUUUCUUGUAGUAACGUAUUUUUCUGUUUUUAAUGCAGUACUUCUACAGGCACAAUGGUACUGUUCUAUUUUGUAAGAUGCUAGUUGUGAAAUAGUUAGUUGCAUAAAAUGAAAGUCUGAUGUGAUAUCUGAGAACAUACAUACCUCAUUCCUUGGUGUUGCUGUUUAAACUUUUUAGACAUCAAAUGUUAAUUAUAGGCUAUUUCCGAUGAUAACUACUGACCUGUUUAUUAUGUAUUCUGCUUUAUCUUACUAAAUAGGAUGUCUGUUCAUUGCCAUUACCUGGCCAAAUCUUAGUAUCUGUAAAACAAUGCAUUUUAAGGUUCUUAAAUGUUUUGGGGGCUGGGCUGGUAUGCAGAAUAACAUACACUAGUUUUGGAAAGAAAAAAUACAUGCUUCUCAACUUUAUUAUAAUUUUUUUUAUAUUUCAUUUUUAGGUGGGACUAUUUGCAGAAUAUACUGAUGUAAAGGAUUACAAGGGAGCUGAAACUGUUUAAAGUAAGCAGUUUAAUGAUAGCAGAUCUCAGUGAAAGAUGUUUUAUGAAAUGUGUUUCUAAUUUAAAAUGUAAUGAAUGCUAACACAUUUCAGAAUUCCUUGCAAACAAAUAAUAACCUAUUACCAGUAGUUCACUAAAUGCAAAACGUAUUUUCGUUUAACUUUAUGUGAAUAAACCACCCAGCACUUGCCAGCAAGAGGGCUCUUUGUAUCUUCAGAAAUAAGUUGCCAUUUGGUUUGGACGGAAGGGAGGAUGAAGUGGACUUUACUAUGAUUCAGCUGUUUCCAGAGAAGAAUCUCAAAAAUGUGGUAUAAGUAUGGUUAUAAUCAGAAAGAAUACAGAAAAGUCUCACUGUUCUUUAUGGAAUAAGAGAUAGAAAUGCAGUUUCUAAUCAGAGAUACAGUUGUAAAAUCUCUAAUUCUAGAUCCUACUAAUCUAGGAUCUAAAAACUGAGCUGUGGUGGUUUUAACUGAACUAUUACGUUGCCAGCGUUUACAUUGCAAUGAUGCCUGUUUUGGCAUUUGUUAAGGUAAUGUUUGCCUGUUUGUGAUAAAGGGAUGUGACAAUAUUGACAGCAGAGUAAGACGAAUUCUAAGUAGGAUAUGGCAUUUGGCUCUGUUCAUGUUAUAAUUUAAAUGAACUUCACUUUCAUAAUUUCUAAAUAUUUUUGACUUGUAGUAAUCCUAAAACUUUUUUCUAACUGUAAAUAUAUUUAAAAGCAUCCUUACUCCAUUUAUAAAAGGUGGAAAUUUAAUGUUGUAAUGUGUUUUGAUUAGCUGUUUUUCUCUGUGACUGCUCUCUGCAUAAGAACUGUUAUUUGUUAAAUCUAUAUAUGCACCAGUUUUCAACAGCCAUACAUCCUGGGUUGUUCAUUAAGUGGUGACCCAACAAAGACAAGUGUGAUAGUGUUCCAUGUAAAUGAGUUCCUUUAUGUGCUGAUUGUCUGGUUUCAGAAAGGAAAAAGGGGGAGAAAUGAAGGAAAAUCAAGUAUAAAUAGUUCAUUGAUACAGUGUACAAUAAUACAGUCUCUUAUAUUCCUGACUUUGCCACUAAUUAUAGGUGGUGUAAGGAAGAGAACAAAUACACAGCUGUAGACUGUGAUCUACUUUUUUUUCUGAAUUUAAGUUUACAUAUUGGAGAUAAACAGAAAUUCUUCUACUUAGUAGCAGGUUAAAUUAUGCCAUAGAAAAUCACAUAUAACAGAAAUGGUAGUAAAAAAUCUCAACGUUAAAAAUGUUAAAAUUCGUGAUAUUAAAAGUCUUGAGAUGAUGACUGAAGUUUUAACCUAUUACAUGUUUCUCUAUUUGUUUUGGGGCAUAAAUUGCAGAAUCUCAAAAAUGGUAUGAUUUUAUAAUUUGUGCACUUUACUCUUUUUUUUUUUUUUUUAACAUUAUGGAUAGCACAUUUUUAGGUAGCUGUGUGAGAGACAGUUCUUUUUAUGAUUUCUUUCCACUGUAGUGUUCAGGCAGGUCUUCUAAAUUUGGCACAAGUGUAUGGCUCUGCAUCUUAAAUUCUUUAAUUUUCCUCUUUCCUGUCUCAAAAACCUGACAGCUUCCCACAUUGUGCUGAUUGCUAAAACUUUUGUUAUACAGGAUGGAUUUGGCAUGGAACUGUCUUUUGUAUACUUUUUAUGUACAUCCAGGGUUCUUUAACGGUAUCUGCUUGGGUUUUUUCCUGUCACAUGCCUUUAUUUGACUGCUCCCUGCUAGGGAGUCCUGAUAUACUUCCUUUCAAAUAUCAGAAACUAUAUGGAGAUAGAAAUACUAUUUAAUUUAAUUUCUCCAAAGGCAGCAGCAAGUGAUAUACUUGUAAGUUUGGCCUGUGCUUACUCAGGAAUAAGAUAAAAAAGGUGGUUUUGGCUAGUGGACCAGUGAAAUAUGCUACGUUGAGAAUGCCUAUUUCUGUGUUAAGAGUUGAGGUGCUGGAAAUACACUUUGAGCUUUUGAAGGUUUUUCUUGGUUGAAAUUAUGCCCUGACUUAAUGUCAGCCUCUUUCAACAGGUGUAACUUCAAAAACUAGCAACAGCUGUACAGUAAAAUUGGGCAAAUUGAGGAAGCUCAGCUGGUUUUCUUUUGUACUGUCAAAGUUUUAGUAUGAGAAACUGUUUAAAGAGACUUAAAGAGAUUUGUCUAAGACAACAGACAGAUACUGCGCUUAGUUUGAAUAAGAAGGAUCCAUGUUUUAAUAAGAAUUAAAAGGAUUUAACUACUGAAUUAAAAUUGGAAAAUUACUUCAAGUUAAUUACAAAUCAGUGCCUCACAGGUACUAUAGACACUUCUUGUCUAGAAUGGAGUAAAUGGUGCAAUAGUAAUAGGUAGCUGCACACUUCCUAGAAAAUGGUGUCACCCAAUGGCAAGUGAUGUUUAAGUGACAUUCUUGAGGCAUUACACAAGAAUAUUAUGAUAUGCUUAUGAGCAAGGCCUAGGAGUCCAGGUGUCCUCCCCCCUGCCUAAAUUACACCAUUUAAUUUAAACAGUGAAAGAAAAUGCAGCAAACAAACAAAUUUGUUUCAGAUCCUAGCUAGUAGUGCAGGAGCUGUUUACAGCUUCUAUUUAAUUGUAGUGAUGAAAAUGAAUUAGAAUGAGCCACCACUGUAUAAUGCGUAAUCCCUCAGGAGACAUUUUUGAUCUUAUCUUGCCUUUUUUGUUAUGAGAAACAGAGAAAAGUAAUGUGAAAGACCUUGCUCUGUCCAUUGACAAAGGAUUUUAAGAGCAGACAGUUUAACGUGCACUGGAAGUUUUAACUGUAUUUCUAAGGAGUUAAACAUGGAAGAUGAAAGGCAAAAUCAUAUUCCAUAGCUCAAAUGAAUAUUACUAAGAAUGAUCACAAGAGAUUGAUGCACCGUGUGGCAUUUCUAAAACACAAAGUGGUAACAUUGUCUAAUCAGUCCUUGUCUUAAAAGGACAUGUUUAAAGAGGAAAUCACCACCAG